AUGGCUACUCGGUUUUCAAGCGUGGUUAUUCUUUGUGCGAUUGUUCUGUAUUAUUCUGUGUCAGCAGUUUCCUUUCAGGGAAAUAAAGGAGAAGGAAAUGGUUUAUUAUUUUCUGAUUUGGAAGAUACAAGAAAUCGUUUGCUGAAUGAGCUACAGGCAAAAGGUAUCAAAGACGUCCCAGUGGUCACACGAGAGGGCUUACUCAAACAUUUGAAUGUGGCAGUGCUCCAAUCCCACGCUAUUCUCCUGCUUGGCUACCAUGAUAUCAGUCAAGAAGAACUAGACCAAUUCUUGGGACUUUCUCGUGAGAAGUCAGUGUCCAUCCACGCGAUCCAUCAUGGCGUCGCUUCAAGGUCAAAGAGGUCACUGCCAACUGGUAAUGCUCUCUAUCAGCUUCUGGCGAUGAUGUCUGGAGGUUCUGUGGUCAAUGCCGGGAAAGGAACCAUUGGAUCUGUUGUUGACAUCAUUAAGGACGCCAUCAACACAGCGCCUGUUUCCCUCAUGAAGUUUACAUUCCCGACAUCAGGGAGCUCAACCGUCGGUAUCCCCGUGGACAGUCAACUGAUGGAACUCUCCAUUACAAUACAGGGAACGACAGCGGCGCCAGCAUGUCAGCUCAAGAGGCCAGAUGGAACUGUUGAAGUUUUUGCCGUGGGAACAAACGCAGAGAAAGUUACACUGGCAUCCUCCAAACUGGAGAAGUUGAAAAUAAAGCAACCGGUCAACGGUAUGUGGACCCUUGAACGAACAUCAGCGGACGACUGGGAAGUGACAGUCGACGGGCAGAGUACCUUCACGUUCACAUAUGACUUCAUUGAGACAAACCCACUCACGGGCCUGACCUAUCACGUCACAGGAAGACCCAUCGCAGGUGAGAACUCUACCAUUGCCAUCAACCUAUCGGACAUUCAGAACAUCACCUCAGUGUCUGAAGUGAUAUUCCAAAACCAAGAUGGAGAUCGUAUAUCCGCGCAUGCGCUGUGGCAGGGCCUUGGGAAGGGUGCAAAGAGUUUCAAGGCCACCACAGUACUACCAUCACAGCCUUUCAGAAUCCAAAUAGAAGGUGUAGACAAUGUCGGUUCCACCUUCUACCGGUUGUAUACUCAGCUCGUGUAUGUUGUGACCGUAGAAUUUGAUGUCAGCGUCAGUCGAAGUAACAUUUAUCUAAGUGAGAAGCUUCCUGUAACCUUCACCAUCACAAAUAAAGCCACAACCACCAUGAACUAUGAGGUCAUGAUCAGUGAUGAUGUAGGAUUCGUUACUAAGGUAACCAAGAAUUACAACAUGGCCGCCGGAAGUUCAACCACAGAUACGUUUGAUGUCACAGCCGGUGUAGUCAAAGGAAUCACAAGUACGGUCACGUUGAACGCGCAGGAAGUUGGAGGAUCGGGGAUAGUGUACCAGUUUGUGACUAGGAGGUUCACCACCACAGAGAAGCUAGUCGUGGUGACAGACUCUUACCCACCAACAUGCAACAUUACGGCGCUAACUCGCCUCUGUAAGAGAGAGGAACAGGACCCAUGCUACUGCCAUCACUACAACUGGACACUGGAGGCGGAGGUCGCGGAAGAGACUGGCUUACAGUUCAUCCUGGCCGAGUUCGCCGGAAAUAGUUCCAGUUUCGUCCAUGACAACUUCACUCAGGGUGAUAAUGGCACGUUCAAGGUCAAAUAUAGCUCGAACUGCUGCUUCCCCAAGGUGUUCAUCAAUGUGGCCGACAUGUAUGGAAACCUCGGCCAGUGUGUAGUUGACUUCACUCUGGUCAACAUACCUGACACGUGCAUGCCCACCACCACUGUGACUACUCCGCCUUCUAGCGGCCUGAGUACGCCGACUAUGGUCGGAAUCACCUUAGGUAGCGUCAUAUUUGUGGUCAUCAUUGCUACAGUUGUAACAUCUGUUGUUAUGAAGAAUCUGACUGGUACGACUGCUAAGGUUGGUACAGAGAUGGCGAGGAAGGACGGAGAGACGGAUUCCGGGUCGGAACAGGUUAAGGCAAGGUCGCUGCCUGCACCCAAGCCUGCUGAAGCCUGGGUUGGGAAGGAAGUGCUCCCCGGACAGGCUGCCUACUAAAGAACUACAUGUAGUUGGUCUGGAAAGGCCACGGCGAGAGGACUGUCCCAACCCAAGCCUGAACCUGCCCUGGACAAGACUGGAAACUCUCCCGGUUUCUGGGACUGACAUUCUGAAUAGAUUGACUGAUUGACUAAGCUGAUGAUUUCUUUUGAAUCAGUACUUAUUGUAUGACUGUUCUAUUCAUGCUAAUGUACACGUGCAAUUCAAUGCAUACGCUGGUCACGUACUUCGCAGAAUA